AAGUGUCCUGAGCUCACAGCACAGUUGGGAUUAUCACAUUCAGUGUAUGUGUUGUUACUACCGAACAAAGGUGCUUCAGGUGAUCAAAGGUGCUUCAGGUGAUCUAAGGUGUUGCAGAUGAGCCACGGUGCUGACCAGAGAAACUUGACAGCCUAACACUACCUAGUAGCGACCAGUGAAGAGGCGGGGCCAGGAGCUGUGACUUGACCCCUGCAACCACAACUAGGCUACGAUGAGGGUCGUUACAGUAGUGACUGUGCUGUUACUGUUGCUGCUACUGUUGCUAAUUGAGUACGUAAGGUCAGAGUGUCGGAGUGACCCUGGCAUCCCCAAGGGGAAGUUCAGGAACGUGGAUGGAUGCCCCGUGACUCGCACCUUCCAGCCAGUGUGUGGCACUGAUGGUUGUGACUAUGUCAACGACUCGGCACUCCACUGUGCCUAUGAGGACGAUAUUAGAAGGGGAGUGCCAGAGGAGGAAGCAGUGAAGGUGGCGUACGCAGGUCACUGUGACCAAAACAGCACCGUUAACGCUGACGGUGACUUCUAAUGUUGGAUGGCAACGGGAACGGCAAACACAACAACGUGAACGGGAUUCAAGAUCAACGGGAACAAGGGACGGUAAUAUUAAAUGGAAACAAGCGGGAGUGAAUGCUGACGGCAACGGGAGACAAAACAACGGCAACGGAAGACGAAACAACGGCAACGGAAGGCGAGAUCAGUUUCAUGGGAGAUAAAGGGAUGGGAAAAAAUAGCAAAUCAACGGGGGUGGGGGAGUUAAAAAAAAAAAAAAAAGAGG